CAAGACGGAGGAGAAGAAGGGGGGAGAAAACCACCACAACAUGUUGUUCACUGUGGAGCGAAAUCCCUACGCCCUAUAGCUUGAUUACAAACGGCGUAGGUUUAGCUUUCGGCCUAAGUCUAGGGUGCGGUCAUCGCGACUUUUCGGGCUUUAUUUUUCGGUAUGUUCGCUCGCUUUUUGCCCGUCCAGCUCGUCAGGGAGUGGACCUCCGGGACGCCGCCAUCUUUAGGACUCGUCUGGGAGGGAGCCGAGCCGCUGGGCCGCCGAUAGAGCCGGGGUGGAGUUUCGGCUAUCGGGGACUAUCUCUUCAGAGCGGUUUAAACAGCUUAACAACGACAGCCUGCUGUAGAAAUUAAUUCAGAGGUCAUUGCGGAUCUCCAGAAAACCUUGCGUGAACAGUUAAACAGCUGCUAGUAACGGGUGGACUAACGUUACUAAGGUUCACCUUAACGUUACUUCUAGAGUUGACGGCACUUCAGUCGUAACUUCCAUUUAAGCGACGAUUAAAGAAACACACAACCUGACUGCAGGAAGGGUGUGUAUCUGUAUGAGGCCAUUGUCCUGCAGAUGAGCUGUCGCUGGGGGCGGUUGCGUCGCAGACCCAGAUAGUCCCUGGUGGCUGCGGCCCAGGCCCAGCCCCUACCCAGCAUGCCCAACGUUGUUCGUGCGGGGAGCCUGAAGGACCCCGAAAUCGCCGAACUCUUCUUCAAGGAGGACCCUGAAAAGCUCUUUGUUGACCUGAGAGAGAUCGGCCAUGGCAGCUUUGGCGCGGUGUAUUUUGCACGAGAUGUGCGCACCUCAGAAGUGGUGGCCAUCAAGAAAAUGUCCUAUAGUGGGAAACAAACCAAUGAGAAAUGGCAAGACAUAAUCAAGGAGGUGAAAUUUCUACAAAGGAUAAAGCACCCAAACAGCAUUGAAUAUAAAGGAUGCUACCUGAGAGAGCACACAGCUUGGCUGGUAAUGGAGUAUUGUCUGGGCUCUGCUUCAGAUGUCCUUGAGGUACACAAAAAGCCCUUACAAGAAAUGGAGAUAGCAGCCAUUACCCACGGUGCUUUACAAGGACUGGCGUAUCUUCACUCCCACAACAUGAUUCACAGAGACAUCAAGGCUGGGAAUAUCCUGCUGACCGAGCCUGGCCAGGUGAAACUGGCUGACUUUGGAUCUGCUUCCAUUGCUUCUCCUGCAAACUCUUUUGUGGGGACUCCAUACUGGAUGGCCCCAGAAGUGAUCUUGGCUAUGGAUGAGGGUCAGUACGAUGGCAAAGUUGACAUCUGGUCCCUGGGUAUAACUUGUAUUGAAUUAGCGGAGAGAAAACCUCCACUCUUCAACAUGAACGCAAUGAGUGCCUUAUACCAUAUAGCACAGAACGAGAGCCCAACACUGCAGUCAAGUGAAUGGACGGAUUACUUCAGAAACUUUGUAGACUCCUGCCUUCAAAAACUGCCCCAGGACAGACCCACCUCUGAGGAACUGUUGCAGCAUGCCUUUGUGCUGCGCGAGCGGGCCGAGUCUGUGCUGAUGGACCUGAUCCAGCGCACCAAAGAUGCUGUGAGAGAGCUGGACAAUCUGCAGUACCGCAAAAUGAAGAAGAUUCUAUUCCCGGAGGCGCACAAUGGGCCUGCAGCAGAGGCACCAGAGGAAGAAGAGGAACCAGAGCACAGCGCAGGACGGACUGGCACGGUGAACAGUGUGGGCAGCAGCCAGUCUAUCCCCAGUAUGUCCAUCAGCGCCAGCUCCCAGAGCAGCUCCGUCAACAGCCUACCUGACGCCACUGAGGACAACAAGAGCGAACUGGACCUGAUGGAGGGAGGCCACACGGUCAUGUCCAACAGUUCUGUCAUUCACCUUAAACCGGAGGAGGAGAGUUAUCAGGAGGACUCUGAGUCUCCAAACCAGCCUUCUGAGGCACAGUCCCCACCUGCACAGACCCCUCGCCGUCAGUACCGCAACAGAGAGCACUUUGCCACUCUCCGCACAGCCUCACUGGUGACACGUCAGAUCCAGGAACAUGAGCAGGAUUCAGAGCUGCGAGAACAGAUGUCUGGGUACAAGCGUAUGAGACGGCAACACCAGAAGCAGCUGUUGGCUCUGGAGAACAAGCUGAAGGCAGAGAUGGAUGAACACAGGCUCAAACUGGACAAGGAGCUGGAGAGCCAGAGGAGCAGUUUCACUGCUGAGAUGGACAAGCUUGUUAAGAAGCACCAGGCAACCAUGGAGAAAGAUGCCAAGACUUUUGCCAGUGAUGAGAAAAAGUUCCAGCAGCACAUACAGAGCCAGCAGAAGAAAGAGCUCAGCAGUUUCCUGGAGUCACAGAAACGCGAGUAUAAACUACGCAAGGAGCAGCUCAAAGAGGAGCUAAAUGAGAAUCAGUCCACGCCAAAGAAGGAAAAACAAGAGUGGCUGUCAAAGCAGAAGGAGAACAUCCAGCACUUCCAGGCCGAGGAGGAAGCCAACCUUCUACGCAGGCAGCGUCAGUACCUGGAGCUUGAGUGUCGCAGGUUCAAGCGGCGCAUCCUUAUUGCUCGCCAUAAUGUGGAGCAGGAUCUGGUGAGAGAGGAGCUAAACAAGCGGCAGACGCAGAAGGACCUGGAGCAUGCCAUGCUGCUGCGGCACCACGAGUCCAUGCAGGAGCUGGAGUUCAGGCACUUAAACACCAUCCAGAAGAUGAGGGCUGAACUCAUCCGUUUACAGCACCAAACCGAGCUCAACAACCAGAUGGAGUACAACAAGCGCCGGGAGAGAGAGUUGCGCCGCAAGCACGUUAUGGAGGUCCGCCAGCAGCCCAAGAGCCUCAAGUCCAAAGAGCUCCAGAUCAAGAAGCAAUUCCAGGACACGUGUAAGAUUCAAACACGACAGUACAAAGCCCUGAGGAACCACCUCCUUGAGAAUACGCCCAAGUCAGACCACAAGACCAUGCUGAAGAGACUGAAGGAGGAGCAGACACGAAAGCUGGCCAUUCUUGCGGAGCAGUACGACCACUCCAUCAAUGAUAUGCUCUCUACACAAGCUCUGAGACUGGAUGAGGCACAGGAGGCUGAGUGUCAGGUGUUGCGGAUGCAGCUGCAGCAGGAGCUAGAGUUGCUGAAUGCGUAUCAGAGUAAGAUUAAGAUGCAGACAGAGGCACAGCAGGACCGUGAGAGAAAAGAGCUGGAGCAGAGAGUGUCACUGCGCAGAGCCCUGCUAGAACAGAAGAUUGAGGAAGAAAUGCUAUCUUUGCAAAACGAGCGCUCGGAGCGCAUUCGCAGCCUGCUGGAGCGCCAGGCUCGAGAGAUCGAGGCCUUCGACUCAGAGAGCAUGCGUCUGGGCUUCAGCAACAUGGUAUUGGCCAACAUUUCCCCCGAGGGGCUGAGCCACAGCUUCCCUGGAGCACCAGCCAGCUGGGCCCCGCAGCAGGCCCAGGGCUACUCAUCCACUUCACAGGAUUCCCACUGGGGCAGCAGCAGCUCAGGCUCCAGCCACCACUACCACUCUAGUCAGGGAGGAAUGGGGCCUCCACAGUGGAACCACGCAUCAGGAGGGCCCCUGGGGGCAAUGCCAAAGAGCAGCGGGAGCAUGGUCAUGCGGAACAGCCCCCAGGCGCUGAGGAGGACCACCUCAGGGGGGCACAGCGAGCAGAGCAUGAGCAGGAGCACCAGCAUCACCUCUCAGAUAUCCAACAGCUCCCACCUGUCCUACACAUAAAUACCAGAGUACCAGUGCCAGCCCUACACAUAUACACAUACAAACAUAUAUACGUACAGUUUAGGGGACCACCAGGCAGAAAGAAUCAGCCAAACUGCACCCUAAUCCGUUCAUCCCUUUCCCCUCUUUUUUUCUGUCUCCUUCCUCCCCUUUUCCACAUGCAGCUAUGUGUGUGACGUAUAGAUAAAUGUUGCUCAGGUUAAUAGGUGUUCUAGAUCUACAUGACAGUUAAUUGGCCCACAUGCAGAGCUAGAGUACAUCUGUGUCUGUAACACUUCUCAGCUCACUUAAAGCUCAAUCAAUGUGACUCCUUUUUCUUCGUCUUUACAACUUAAAUCCAUUGAAUUGAUGGUUUUAAAAGAAUAAGGAGAGACAACAUAGGUUAACACACAGAAGUGUUACUGAAUGUUAUCCCAAACUAUAUUCUUGCCAAGCUGAACCUGACUUGGAGAUGCCGUAGCUCCCAUGCUGUCACAUUGCCAGCCUGCUGUUAUGCUCCAAAAAUGACAUGAAUGUUGAGUUGGAACGUUACGUUGGCAUUUGAGAUGUAGUUUAUCUGAAAGAAUUAAGAUAAAGAAGGGAUUAUUUUUAUCAAGACACAACUUUAAUAUGAAGAGUAUAUGUUCUAAUGCAGGUGAGAAAGGAAAAAGUAACAGUAGUCUUCCCAUGUAAUAGUUGUGCCAUUAUGCACUCCAUACUGCCAGAGAUUUUACAUAUUGUUUUGAAUUUAUUAGCAUUUUUAAUGUUUGGGCUUUUUAAGAUUACAGUUGGAUCUAGGUUGAAUUAAACACUGCACUUUUGUUGCCAAUAAGAGCAAAAAUCUCAUUUGUCACAGAUUGCAGAUGUUUGCUUAGUUUUGUACUGUUUGUCUGUGAUAGAAAGCUACAGCUGUUAGUGUUUGUAGAAUAAGAACAAGAGGACAGUUUUGAUGUCCGAAACAUUAUAUGUUUAUCAGUGCUUUGGAAUGUAGUUUUAGUUAUUCAUAAAAUGGUGUGCUUCCCCUUACAUGUCAGUGUUAAUGUACCAAAGUAACAUUUACCCCCUCAUAUACUUCCAAGGUCUAAAAACGCUAUAAAAAAUUUUGAGCUGUCAGUUUGAAGAGUCGAGCACCUUGGUGGAGAAAGUAGAGUUCAAGUCAUUAACAUUUUGUCCUGAUCGAGUUACGCUUAUGUUUGAUACUUUUUUAAUGACUAGUUUUACUUGUGAAUCAGGUUUAUUUUCUUCAUAAAUGCCUUGCCAUCUCGGUUAGCAGUGUAUUUAGCCAAAGAGAUCAGGUAUGAGUUCAGUCAGUGCCUUUUAAUGCAUGUAUGUAUUCAGUGUACAGUACAUACAUGCAUAGGUCUGAAUGUUUUACAUAGACCGGAAACAAAGCUCUCCCAUACAGCUUACUAAUAUAAGUCAUACCUCAUUCAACUACAAGGGUAGUGAACUGGCUCUUAAGAUAUAUGGACUUUAUGAAUGGACAGUAGUUUUGCAUUUGAAUCUAAUGUGUCACACUAGAGCAGGUUGUUUAGAUGGAAUGGAGGAAGGUGUGUAUCUGAAUAUAGACUAAGGUUUUUUUGCUAUAUUCUAUCACACACUGGAGAGCAUAGUUGUGGUUUGCAGUGCCUUUAUUAAAAGCUGCCUAGCAGGAGCACUUUAUGUAGUUUGUGUUCUUUUGAGAAAAAUGCCAUGAGCCUGAGUUACAAAUACUGUCUUCAAUGGGAUUUGCGAUUUUACUCUGUGUCGUGUACAUUGUCUAUGGGGAUGUUAAAUAGUGAUACAGAACCUCUGGAUUAUUAGACCUCUGAAGUUGAUUCAUCAUUCUGUCGUCGGUGUCACACCCAUAUUAGGAACUCCAGGUCCAAGCUGGUUUACUCUAUGAGAAAAAUGAAUGGCAUUUUUGAAAAUCACAGCUAUUGCACCCUGUGGAAAACAAAAAGUUCCCAAAGCUAAUAUGCUCUGCCGUAUGGACAUUUGUCCUCAGAAUAUCGUAGAUCCUCCUAAUUAUACGGUCAUUAAGGGGCCAAAAUACUAUUGACUAUUGCUACAAACACUGCUGCACUUUGAAUUGACAUAGUAAGCCUGGCAACAUCACCAAAAUACCCCAUGCAAACCAGCAAGCUUUGUCAAAUGUGGUAGUUCAGUUACUUUUGCAGUAGUAGGCCACAGUUUGAGUAACUGGUGUAACAUUUGUUAAUUUUCAGUAGGUACUUAUUUUAAUGCGACUUCAUUGGAGGUGGGUAGAGUAGCCUAAACUCAUACUCAAGUAAAGGUAAUAAUACUUAGGUAAAAGAAUGACUCAAGUAAAAGUAAAAGUACAUUCCCAAAGAACAACUUGAGUAGAAGUACAAAAAUAUUGGGUCAAAACAUAAGUAUACCAGGAGGUCCUAAUAUGGCUAAGACACAGACUACAGAAUGAAACACAGCUUUAGAAAUCUACAACAAUAUCCAACUAUCGCCAAAUACAGGUACUAUUCUGUCAACAAGUGAGUGUUCAGUCUGUUUAUACAUUUCAUGGCCAAAUAGUGUGGCUGGUUAAUCUGAACAGUUCAGAACAAAAGAAUGUCUGUCUGAGUGUUUACGGCUUGUGUACGUGUGAUCAGUGAAUAGUUGUUAAGAUUGUAUCCUCAUGAACUUCAGUACAAACAAGAAAAACGCGGAUGAGAACUGGUAUGAAUGUAGUUUCCCAAGUUGUCACAUCAGGGCAUUGCGAUCUGGUUUAACAGAAAGAAUGCAUGCAGGUUUGAACACAAGGAUUUCUCUUUGGUUGUGUUUAGUCUUUAAGGCCAUGACAGCAGGCUUAGCAAUGUAAAUGAGCAGAUCUGUAUGGGAGUAUGCGCUCAUUCAGAAUAAACAAAGGCAGAUGAAUGGUUAGUUUACAUAUGAGCAUGGGACAAGUAAUUUUUUUUGCCCCAGAGGUAAAUACCAAAAAAUGAUGACAAAAUGCUCAGAAUGUUUUUAAAAAGCUUUCGGCGUGAGUAUGCGCUCGAGCAGAAUGCUUUCUUACCAUGGCAGGGAGUGCUAGUUUUGUCGUCAUAUUUCCCGCUUCCUCUCUUGGUCUCGUCCUCUGUGGAGCUGGUUGCAGGGUGCGGAGCUCUGGGUACAUGAGUGGUGUUGCUGAUGCCCCUGUCAUUCCUUUCUCUCUGACCUCCUCCUCCUCCUCCUCCUCUUUAUGUGCUUCUCUGGCAUUACACUAAAGCUCUGCCUGGAUCCAGUGUGCGAGCUGAUGGAUGAGUGAACACACUUGGACAGAAUUUGUUUUAAGUCCUCCAAAUCAGCCAGUUUCAUUUACAUCACUGUGACUGCGUGGAGCUCAUUUGGAGACUGAUUGGAUUCACCCUGAGAGAGUUUUAAAUGGACUAUGAUGUGCGCUUUAUUUUUGUUUUUUUAAUUUUUUUCCCUUGUGUUUUAUUUGUUUUGCUGUUGUGCAAUUGUGAGUAAAGCAGAAUGCUCUCUCACUUUCAAGGCAAGACAAAUGAGAUGAGGCACUGGUAUUUUUUUUUUAUAUGAAAGUCUCUUCAGCUUAUGCUCUAAACCCUUUCAUACCAAAAGCUAUCCUCCCCCUCUAAAACAACAGAUGUUUAUUGAUAGUUUAUUGAACUAAUACUUCAGAUACGUAAUCCACACAGUUGAGUGUGGAGUGUUCAUAUUGUACAUUAAGAUAGAUUUAAAACAUCAUCUAUGUGAAACCUCUCUUAUAGAAAGAAAGAAAGAUAUUGAUAGAUAUGAACUGUUUGAUUUGCUCAUGCAGGUGGAGAGUCACUGAGGGGCCUCCAGGAGUUGGACUUCAGGGACUUACGUGUGUUUACACUGCACCUCGACACACUUUCAGUUCACCCAGUUCCAUUAAAGAGUUCAGACGUUGCCUCGCAGCAAUGAGUCUGCACUUGCCAUCCUCCUCCUGAUUCAUACGUUUUCUCCAUUGUGUUCAAUGUAAAACCUACUCAAAUGAAUGUCUCUGGAUAAAAUGCUUCCACUGUGCUCUACAAUAACUAUAAGAGCACCUUCUGCAGAAAAGUGGUGAUAGCUAAAGUCUUCAGUUUAAACCUCUCCCAUCAGCAAAGGUUACAGUUCUUAUAGCAGGGUAGUAGUGUCUUAUUUAACUGUUGGGGAUUAUGUUCAGUUUGGUCUGAUGUUAAAUGUUAUCCUGUGUGCUAAGGGACAUUAGAGACUUCGUUUUUCCUCUUCUUUGUUAUUGUUUACUAGGCAUCUCCACCACCAACCUGGAUUAAGCAUCGAUUCAUCAGAAAUGUUAUUUUUGUCCUACUGACUGAAUUUAGGGGAUGUGUAAGUAAUAGUGAUAUAUAAGAAAUACAGGUAUGAAGUGUAUACUUAUAUUUUUUGUUGUUUUUUUUGUUUGUUUUUUUUUGUUUUUAAAUGUAUUGAAGGUUCAACCUUCAGUCGAACACUGUGCCAUCCCAGAGCUGCCAAGCCCAGUCACUACUGCAUUGUCUCCUCUCUCAAGAGAAAUCAGCUAUGGUUAUUUAAUUGAGCAUAUCUGAUGGACCAGAACACUUAUCUUGCCAACUUGUAAGGAGUAAAAUGUCAAGGGGGGGGAGGCUAGUCAAAGGGGAAGGGGUACAUUUCUGUAAAAAUUAAUGUCAGUAUUCAUUGUCUUCUGGCUGAGCAUCACCACUACAAUUCAUAUGUAACCUGUAUCAAACUGUAUAGAUUGUGAAACAUGUUAUUGAAUGUCUAAAAAGAUUAUGGCUUGAGAUUAUAUUAAAGUAUUCAUGAAUCAGAGAAAAAAAAAACAUUUAGGGUUUGAUGAACUAUUUUGCUUGUACUGUAUUGUGUUGGAGGAAUAAUGGAGAGAGGAUUGGCUGUAAUAAAAUAAUUUUAGUACA